AUGUCUCGUCUUGGGUUGCUGGCGUGCUGUGGGGGACUGCUCGCUGCAGCGGCCUCAGGGGACACUUCAGAGACAGUCACCAGUCAAUACGCGGCCGUUAACCCUCACAACAACAGCCUGAUUGCACGAUCACUAUUUGUUCAAGCAACCGGAGCUCCAAAAGCGCAGGACAAAACUGACGAGUGUUUGUCUGCUGUGAACGCCUUACGAACGGACGGCCUUAAUUACUUUCUCCCAACUAUCAUCAAGGCCGAAAAUGCCGAAGUAUUUGAAAGCUUAGGCGAAAAAACUACUGAGGAACUGCUGAACGGAGAGGAUGCCUCUCAAUAUUCAACUUCUGGUGGCCAAGGUAAAGACGAUGUUAAUUUUACCUUGGCAAUUGCAGCGAAGCUCGCCGGGGCAAGCGCACAGAACUGUGAUUUGGGAGAAGCAGCCAACGCAAAAAAGUAUCGUGGAGUCGUUGUUCCAUUCGCAGCAUCUAGUAGCUUCGACUGCGGAACUCUGAUCGAAGCGUCUUUUACUGCUGGACUACGCCAUCUGCAAAUGGAGAAAUUUAUUGCGGCAAAAGGCACGUACAACGUGACAAAGGCUCCAUUUAACAAUGUAGCAGCCAGUAAUGUCGCCUUCAUGAUGUCGGAUAAAAGCAGCAAAAUGUCAUGUGCGGCCACCACCAACUGCGAAGCAGGCUAUAAUGUUUUGUACUGUCACUUCAUAGAGUCACUUAAGACCGGCGAUUCAACGUUCCCCGUUGAGUUAUAUAACGCUCUCUUGAAACGGCAGGAAGGCACAGCGUGGACCGCAGACCCUGGCUUUGUCACCAUAAUAUUUUCUAGUGCACUGCUUCUACUGAGUGGACUUUAG